UAGUUUCUAUUCGACAGCUGGAGCGAGCAGUCACCUGAAAACGAUGGGAAAAUUAGUACUAUACGGUGUAGAGGCAAGUCCGCCGGUACGGGCCUGUAAAUUGACCCUGGACGCUUUGGGCCUUCAGUACGAGUAUAAGCUGGUGAACCUGCUGGCCGGGGAAAAUAGGAGCAAGGAGUUCACCUUGAAGAACCCGCAACACACGGUGCCCAUGCUGGAAGACGACGGCAAGUGUAUCUGGGAGAGCCAUGCCAUUUGCGCCUACCUAGUGAGACGUUACGCCAAGGAUGAUGCCUUGUAUCCCAAGGAUUACUUCAAACGUGCUCUUGUGGAUCAGCGUCUGCACUUCGAGUCGGGCGUAUUGUUUCAGGGCUGCAUUCGGAACAUAGCCGCUCCGUUGUUCUACAAAAACGAGACAGAGGUUCAGCGCUUCAAGAUCGAUGCAAUCUACGAGGCCUAUGAUUUCUUGGAGCUGUUCAUCGGGAAUCAGCCGUACCUCUGCGGUACGGGCAUAACCAUCGCCGACUACAGUAUUGUCUCCUCGGUAACCAGUCUAGUGGGUUUGGCCCCCAUCGAUGAGAAGCGCUAUCCCAAGUUGAGUGGUUGGCUAAACAGGAUGGCCGCCCAACCCAAUUACCAGUCACUCAACGGAAACGGCGCACAGAUGUUAGUCGACAUGUUCACCUCGAAGAUCACGAAAAUUGUGUAACUUUGUUCUCUAGCUUAAAGGUUAGAAAUGAGAUUGUCGCUGAUUACGUAACAAUAAAGCUUAUAUUUGUAUACACCUUA